UCACGUGGCGACCUCACAUGCGCCGACGCUCGAGACCAUGGAGAAUCAUCCGCAAUGGAAGCAGUUAAGGACGUAAAGAAGUCGAUGGCCGUGAACCUGGGCGACCUCAUGGAUGCUGGGGACGACGCCAUGGUCAUACUCGUGGCAGGCGACACACGGCUGGUGGUGCACAGGGCCGUCCUGGUGGACAGGAGCCCCGUGUUCGAGGCCAUGUUCGCCCACGACACCCUCGAGGCCAGCAGCGGCGCGGUGAGCAUCCUGGACGUGGGGGGCCCGGUGCUGAGGCAACUGGUCUCCUACCUGUACACCCUGCAGGCCCCCCAGCUGCCCAGCGCGGCCCCCGAGCUGCUGGCCACAGCGGACAAGUACGGGCUGUUGAGCCUGAAGGCGGAGUGCGAGCGGCAGGUGGCCGCCCAGCUGACCGUGGAGACCGCGGCGGCUGCAGCCACCCUCGCGGUCCGCCACUCCUGCAGUGACCUCAGGCAGGCCGCACUUGCCUUCAUCAAGUCCUGUCCGUUCGAGGUGAUGGCCACUCAGGGAUGGGCAGAUGCCAUGCGGAAGCAGCCGGAAGACCUAAUUGAAGUCAGUCGGCUGCUGUACGAUCCACCGCCACAAACCAGCACACCAGUCUCUACACAGCUGAGACCCACCGCCGCUGCCACCACCACCACCACCACCGCUGCCACCACUACCAGCGCACCCUGCCAGACCCCUGCUGCAGCUGCUCUGUCCACGUCUCCUCCACUUGAUGAAGCAACCGUCUCUCGCCUGCGAAGCCUCUCUGCAGACGAGAGAGACAGGAGGCUGAUCAAGGUGGCUAACCAGGGGUCGGUGGGGGAGCUGAGGGAGCUGCUCGCCGCGGGGGCCGAUGUGGGGGCUCGGAGCACGGGUGGAUUUACUGCCCUGCACUAUGUAGCUGUCAGAGGAGACGUCGAGGCGGCGAGGUGGCUGGUGAAGGCCGGUGCAGCGCUGGACGCCAGGAGCAACUGCCAGAACAUGCCUUUGCACUUGGCUGCACUGCGGGGCAACGCGGCUGUGGUGCAGCUGCUGCUGACAGCGUCUGCCGACCCCAACGCAAGGGCUAGCGGUGGGUUGACGCCGCUGCAUUGUGCGGCAUUAAAUGGCCAUGCAGAAGCGGCGGCUAAGCUGCUCGAGGCGGGGGCCAACAGGAGGGCGAGAACUGAAAAUGGGCGCACAGCAGUGGACAUCGCCAGGUCGUACAGCACGCGGCUGAUGCAAAUCCUGUCAUGAGACAACCAGUCCACAAACUCGUCUGAAAAAAAAUAAAAAAUAAAAAUAAUAAAAAAAUAAAGUAGAACAGCGUCUCCAGAUUUUCAAAUAAAGACAAAAACUGAA